GCGGCCGCAGCCUCACGUGACCGAGCUUCUAAUGUGCCAUUGGUCGACUAGGCCGGUGACGUUAGGAAAACAAGUCUUGUACUUCCUGUGAGGCUCGCGCUUAAACUCGAAGGGAAAAACAGUAAGAGGACGGCACGCGUACGAGCGCCAAAUAAGCUCCGAUGUCCCAAGAGAUUCCAAAUGAGGGGGACCGGCCCCAGUCCCCGUCCCAGGCCCGCUCCACGCUGUCCCCCUCGCAGGUCCGGUCCAAGUCCCAGAGCGGCUCCGGCUCUUCCGGCGGGCCCCCGUCCGGCAGUCAGUCGUCCAGCGGCUCCGGGACGCUGAGCAGCGUGGACACGCUUCCCGUCACCUUGCCGUCCGUCCCCGAGGAGCCCGAAUGCCGACCUUGGGGCCGCCUGCUGCCCAUGCAGAACGGCUUCCGCGCUCACGAUUGCGUGGAGGACGAGUACUUGUUUGGCCGAGACUCCAAAUGCAAUUACGUCCUGGACGAUCCCGAUCACAAAGGAUCCUUGCGGUUCCGAAUUUACAGCAAGAAACACUUCAGGAUCUACAGGGAGGGCAACGAGGCGUUCGUUCAGGACCUCAGUAACAACGGGACCUUUGUAGACGGGAACAAAAUCGGACGCAACAAGAAACUUCCUCUGGUCAACAACGCCGUGCUGGCGCUCUCGGAGCAACGCAACAAAGUGUUCGUCUUCAUCGACCUGUCCGAAGAAGAGUCCGUGUUGCCCGGCGAGCUUCGCGACAAAUAUCUGCUGACUCGGCGGAUCGGGACAGGCGUGUGCGGGGAGGUGAAGCUGGCGUUCGAGCGGUCCACGUGUCGAAAGUUUGCGGUGAAAAUCAUCAACAAGAACAACUUCAAGUCCGAAGGGGCGAGUAUGCGUAGUAUUCUCUCGUCUCGUCGGCCCCCCGACGGCGCUCACGCGGCUUUUGCGCUCAUCCCAUCGCAGACGGCCACGAGAAACGCCCAAACGGAGAUAGAAAUUCUUCAACGGAUCGAUCACCCGUGCCUCAUCAAGACGCAGGACUUCUACCAGACGGACGACACCUUCUACAUCGUGUUGGAGUUGAUGGAGGGCGGCGAGCUCUUCCAGCGCCUCAAAUCUCAACAGCGACUCGGCGAGGACACGGCCAAACUGUACUUUUACCAAAUGUUGAAAGCGGUGCAGUACCUGCACGGCCGGGGCAUCAUCCACCGCGACCUGAAACCGGAGAACAUCCUUCUGUCCUCGCAGGACGACGACUGUCUCGUCAAGGUGACGGACUUCAACCAGUCGCGGAUCCUGGAGGAGGCGGCCCUGAUGAGGACGCUGUGCGGGACGCCGGCCUACCUGGCGCCCGAAGUGUUGACGCACGCCACCGCCGGCGGCUACGGCCUGCCCGUCGACGCCUGGAGCCUCGGGGUGCUCCUCUUCGUCUGCCUGUGUGGGUACCCGCCGUUCCACGAGAACUUCGCGCCGCUGUCGGUCAGCGAGCAGAUCGUCCGAGGCCAGUUCACCAUGGUGCCGUCCAAGUGGCGCCACGUCUCCGACCGGGGUGACGUCAUCGCCGUCUUCGUCUUCUUCUUCGUCGUCGUCGCGCGCUUACUCGUGUAUGUAUGUGCGUGCGUGCGUGCGUGUGACAGCCAAGGACAUGGUGAGGAAGCUUCUGGUGGUGGAGCCCGCCAAGAGGAUGAGCAUCGACGACGCGCUGCGGCACGCCUGGAUGCAGGACCCCGUGAUGUUGGAGAAGGCUCACACGCUGAUGUAUCCACCUGGAGAUGCCGAGCACGUUGCCACGGAGGCGGAGCCUACACCGUCGUCGAGGAAACGGCGGCGAGAAGACCAGGAUGACUAGCGGCGGCCUGCCGAACGAGCUCCGCCCACCGGCUGACAAAAUGACAAAACUAUUCCAAUAAAGUUUUUUUACAUUU